CCGCCAGUGAUUAUCUGAUUGCCCUUAUCGCCCCCAUUUCGUCCACGCACUUGACCCUGACCCAAAGCUCUGCCCCACCUACGCCAUAUGGAAAAGUUGCUGUUGGCGCUAAUAGGAACUAAGCACUCAAAGGAAUGGAUGACUUACAGGAGAAAGAGGACGAGGAAGGAUCGGGCCGACUAUAUAUUCACCGUGUGAUCGGCCGUUUCUUUUCUCUUUUUCGCUCCCUUCCAUCCUUAUUCAUCUCCCCACCCCUCUGGAGCUAUCGUCAGCCAUCAUGGGUGUUGUCGUCGACCGACUCAGGGGUCGCAAGACCAACCACAUCGUGGAAGACCUCCAACCGGUGCAGGUUACUGAGCAUCCCCAAACAGAUGCUUCCGAUAACGUUGGCGAAAAGUCCCAGGCAGGACAGGGUUCGGAGGAGGUUUCCCGCGAGGCUCCGAUCGGUGUUCAAAAGGCAGAGGCUGCCGCGCUGGUCUGGAGCAAGAAGGCCAUCUACGGCACUUAUGCAUGGAUUUGGGUCUGCUAUUUCAUGCUCGCGCUUCACGAAUACAUCAACACCAACGUUCUCUACUAUGCCUACUCGAAUUUCAGCACUGCCUCUCAAGUCACGACGGCCUAUAUCCUGGCAGUCAUCAUCGGUGGUGUUCUCAAGCUCCCUAUUGGCAAGUUGCUUGGGAUCUGGGGACGCGCCGAAGGCCUGAUCGUUUUCGUCCUCGUCUAUGUCCUCGGACUGAUCAUCCUUGCUGCCUGCAAUGGGCCGAAUGCUUUUGCGGCAGGCUAUGUGUUCUACUGGAUCGGUUAUGAUGCGAUCUACUUGAUUCUCGAGAUUUUCAUCGCGGAUACCUCUGGCCUGCGCAACCGAGCCUUUGCGUUUGGCUUCUCGACCACACCUUUCAUCUGCUGCGCCUUUACCGGGUCUCUCGCCGCUAAUUCCUUCAUCAAGACCUCUGGCUGGCGCUGGGCGUACGGUGCCUUUGCCAUCGUGCAACCAUUCGUGUUUGCGCCUCUGAUCUGCGUCUUCAAGUACUACGAACGCAAGGCCUACAAAACCGGCGUUCUGGUCCGUCCAGACAGCGGCCGGACAUGGUUCCAGUCGCUGAUCCACUACAUCCAUGAGUUCGAUGUAAUCGGCGCCCUCAUCCUCAUGGCAGCCUUCGUCCUCUUCCUCCUCCCCUUCAGCCUCGCCAGCUACGGCCGAACCGAAUACCACAACGCGGCCUUCAUCGCAGAAGUGGUAAUCGGCUUCUGCCUGUUCUUCGUCUUCGCUGCCUGGGAAAAAUGGUACGCCCGGGUGCACUUCAUCCCCUACGACCUGCUCCGGGACCGGACCGUCCUCGGCGCAUGCCUCCUCGCCGCAGUCCUCUACUUCAGCUUCUACUGCUGGGACAGCUACUUCUACUACUUCAUCAUGGUGGUGUACAACCUGGACGUCACCAAAACCGGCUACAUGACCUCGAUCUACACCGUCGGGUCCUGCGUCUGGUCCCCCAUCUUCGGGUUCUGGAUCCGCCUCGUCAAAGAAUUCAAAUACUCCUGCCUCUGCUUCGCCGUGCCCCUCAUGUUCCUCGGCGCCGGCCUCAUGAUCCAUUUCCGCGGCCAGGACGCCGACAUCGGAUACGUUAUCAUGUGUCAGAUCUUCAUUGCCUUCUCGGGCGGUAUGUUGGUCAUUAGUCAGCAGAUGGCGGUGAUGUGUGCGUCGGAUCGGGAUGGGAUUCCCAUUCUCUUGUCCAUGUUGGGCUUGUUUAAUAGUAUUGGGGGCGCGAUUGGAUAUGCGGUCGCGGCAGCGAUUUAUACGAAUACGUUUCCGGAUGGGUUGAGGCGGGCGUUGCCGGCGGCGGAUCAGGGGAAGUGGGAGACGUUGUAUCAGGGGGGGUAUUUGUCCCAGAUGGAGUAUGAGCCGGGGUCUGCGGUGCGGGAUGCGGUGGAUUUUGCCUGGGGGUAUACCCAGAAGUAUGAGGCGAUUGCCGCGACGUGUAUUUCGGUGUUGAUGAUUCCGGCGGUCGUGAUGUGGAGGCAUUAUAAUGUUGAUCAGAAGCAGAAUAAGGGGACGAUGAUUUGAUGAGAUCAUUUGGUGAUUGGGAUAGAGAGUUGUGGUAUUGUUAGAUUUAGUAAUAGUAAUUAGAUUUUUUGUUUCAUUGUUGUGAUGGUUGGAAGAGAUAACCGGGCAUUGCCAUGUUAAUAAAAAGC